AUGGCCUGUGUCCAUUCAGGCGCUUCAGAUCUCAGCCCCCCAGGUCCUACCCAGGCUGUGUAUCGAGAGGAUUGCACCCAGUGCUUCGAUUCUAUUGACGAUGACGCCGGUCUCAAUGUCUGCCUUUAUUGUUUCAAUGGAGGCUGUGCAGGGGACAGAGAUCACGCUUUGCUCCACUUCAAGCGAUAUGGGCAUGCGCUAGCUUUGAACAUUCGACGAACCCCGAAGCGAGUGCAGCGCGAUGAACCUCCUCUCAAGAUUUCGAAACUUGCAAUUGCUGCCGAGACCGAGGAAGACCGUUAUGAUAUUGUGACCUCGGUAGUGUGUUACGCAUGCCGUCAGGAGAACGUGGACAAGACAACCGGGAACCUACCUGCUGUGAUUGGGGGCAUCAUGACUGCAAUGACUUUCUCAAAGCGAGAGGAGGUCAAGGCUUGGGAGCAAGAAUUUGUACCCUGCGAGCAUACUUUGUGUCUGGCCCAGGAAAAUGUUGCAGGCGCGGAAUCUAAAGAUUCUAGUCAGUGCACGGCGUGCGACUUGAGAGAAAACCUUUGGCUUUGCUUAGAAUGCGGUAAUACCGCUUGUGGGCGCAGCCAGUUUGGAGGAGCACAGGGAAACUCCCAUGCACUUGCCCACGCUGAUGCCACAUCCCACGCUGUUGCUGUCAAACUUGGAUCUAUCACGGCUGAAGGGUCGGCUGACGUCUACUGUUACAAAUGUAACGAGGAACGGACAGAUCCAGAACUUGCCAAUCACCUUGCUCAUUGGGGAAUCUAUUUGGCCGGGCGCGAGAAGACAGAGAAAAGUUUGAUGGAAAUGCAGGUUGAACACAACUUGCAAUGGGAGUUCUCCAUGACCACCGAGGAUGGCCGUGAACUCGUGCCAGUUUAUGGUCCUGGAUUUACCGGGUUGGCCAACCUCGGAAACAGCUGCUAUCUUUCUAGUGUGAUGCAGUGCAUUUUCUCCACCGAGGGCUUCCAAAGCCGAUACUACCGCCCGUCCGAAGAACCGCCCGUCUGCCAGGUCCCAGCGCAGGACCUAGAAACGCAGUUGAGGAAACUUGCGGAUGGUCUCCUCUCUGGCCGGUAUUCUCGCCCAGAUCCCCGUGUCAUUGUAUCCGGUGCCGUGUCAGAAGCUCCCUCGACCUCUCCUCACCAAAAAGGGCUGUUGCCAGCUAUGUUUAAAUAUCUCACUGGCCAAGGCCAUCCGGAGUUUGCGACAAUGAGACAACAGGAUGCUUUUGAAUUUUUGUUGCAUCUAUUCAAAUCCGUCAGCCUCUCGAAGCACAAUGAUGGGCAGAUUAACCCUGUGGAAAACUUCCGAUUUGAGGUCGAACAGCGUCUUCAAUGCCUUGAAUGUAAGAAGGUCCGUUACAAAGUGGAUGAACAGGACAAUGUUUCUGUCGCAGUGCCCGCGCGUCGUAUCUCAGGUGAAACAGACCAGUUUGAACCAGUGACAUUAACCGAGUGCUUGGACAUCUUCACCGCAGAGGAAACCGUUGAACUUACUUGUCCAGCGUGCGAGAGUCAAGCCGGGUUUUCCAAGCGGACCACAUUCAAGACUCUGCCUCAAGAGCUUGCUGUUAAUGCUCGUCGCUUCGAGCUGGUUAAGUGGGUACCAACAAAGCUUGACAUCCCCGUCCUUGUCAGCGAUGAGCCAAUUGACUUUGGUCCAUAUCUGGCUGGACCGCAUGACCCCAAUGAAGAGCUGCUUCCGGAGGUUAAGGAGAAAGCAACUUUCUCACCCAACCCGGAGGUUCUUGAUCAACUUUUGGGUAUGGGUUUCCCUGCGCCUCGAUGCGAAAAGGCUCUCCAUGCAACUGGCAAUUCUGACCCAGAGGCUGCUAUGAACUGGCUCUUCGCCCACAUGGAAGACCCGGAUAUCGAUGAGCCGCUAGUACUGGAUCAAGCUGCCGGCGGAGCAAAGGCUGCGGAGCAAGAUGAGUCAAAAAUUGCCCAGCUUGGUGAAAUGGGGAUUGAUCCCUCUCGUGCUCGACGAGCUCUUGCUGCGACUGAUGGUGAUGUCAACCGAGCUGUGGAUUGGGUGUUCACACAUCCUGAUGACGAUGAUGAGAUGGAGAGUCACGACGAUGGUGCCGCUCGAACUAAUCAAGGCCCUUUCGGGUAUGAUACUUUGCCAGCUCGGUAUCAACUGAAGUCUAUUGUCUGUCAUAAAGGCACAUCUGUGCAUGCGGGUCAUUACGUGGCCUUCAUCCGUAAGUCUUUGGCAGGCGAGGACUCUCCCUCGUGGAUAUUAUUCAAUGACGAGAAGGUUGUCGAGUGUGAGAAGAUUGAGGACAUGAAGAAAACUGCCUACCUGUAUUUUUUGACUCGUGUCUAG